CUUUCUAUCAAUGGGUACCAUUUUGUUUAUCUAUCCAAGCGAUGUUAUUCUUCCUGCCUCAUGUCAUCUGGCAAUCGCUAGCCACACAUGUAAUGGGUGAAAAUAUCGAAGCGAUCCUAAGCAUGGCGCAUAAAGCCAAUUCAGCUGAAGAGAACGCAAAACGUCAAAAACUUGUUGAAUCAGCAGCUUACCACCUAUUCCGACUCGGCCGUCAACAUUUCGAUUAUCGAUCGGGUAGAUGGUCACAACUUCAACGGAAAAUGUCACGUCUACCUGCUGGUUCACUGCUGAUUGCUGGAAAACGUAUGGGAAAUUGUAUUUCACUAGCGUAUAUCUUUGUAAAGGCCUUAUAUUUAAUUAAUCUUAUUGGACAGUUGAAUAUAAUCUGUACAUUCUUAGGGCAUCAUGGCAACUUAUUCACCUUUGGUCAACGACUGAUUCGUACACUGACCUCGAAACACGAAUGGACUGAAAGUGAAUUUUUUCCACGUCAAACUUAUUGUCCAGUGCAUGUACGUCAUCUUGGUUCAAAGAAUAAUGUGUUUACUGCAAUCUGUGCACUGCCUGUAAAUAUGUUCAAUGAAAAAAUCUACAUAUUCCUCUGGUUAUGGAUUGCUAUUGUCAGUAUUCUAACUACUGGCAGUCUAAUUCUCUGGCUGAUACGUUUAACACUACAAAAUCGUCAGACGGCCUAUAUUCGUAAUUAUCUGAUUGUGUCAAUACAUUCACAAUUAUUAGAUAACUAUCAAAAUCAUAGUUUAACUUGUAAUGGAUGUAAUGUCGGUGUAGAUGAUCCACGUAUUGAAAAUUUUAUCAAAGAAUUUGUUAAAAGUGAUGGUUUCUUUAUAUUACGUAUGAUCCGCAGUAAUGCUGGUGAUGUAAUCACUGCGGAGAUUUUAAAUCAAUGGUGGCAUAUGUUUGUUAAUUAUCAAAAAGCUCAACUGGAAAGAGAAAGUAAACAAGAUUUAUUACAAAAGGAUGAAAAGACGAACAUGGAGCAAAAAGAUUAUGAUCGUAAUAAGUCAAGUGAUAAUUUUGUUUAAAUUGAUACAUUGAUUCAAUUGGCGGGUAAUUUGAAUGAGCUGCGAUGGAUUUCCUACAGUUUUUCUUCACAAAUUUAUAAUUUCUUUCUCUCUCUCUCUUUCAUCAACUUGGUAACCAAAGAUCAAUAAACGCUUCUCUUGAUUGAUCAUUUGAUUCUUCUUUAACACAAAAUUUAUCCUUAAUUAAAUAAUUUGAAAUAAAAAUGGCGG